AUGGCCGGAACUUUAGAUGAGACGUCUCGAAGUUUUGAACGUAUUGAAAAGGAGAUUGCUCUUGAAGCUUCAAAUUCUACAGCAACCCCAGUAGUUCCAGAUUCUACAGCAACCCCACAUUCAUCGCUUUUUGCGCCUCUGAAUAUACCAAAUUUCAAACAAGCGGAUCCAAAUCCUCCCUUGUUUCACAGCACUCCUCAGCAACAAUCUGGAAAAAUGCAAAGGCCUGGACUCUAUAACAAUCUACGAACUCCUGGAGGCCGUCCUUUUUCUCCAAUUACAGAAGAGGGUCGAGAUGAUUUGGAUAGACUUGUUUCAGACGUGAUUAAACUGCGUGGUGAUGCAGGCGACAAAAUUGUUCAAAAUUUGGCUGCCCAAUUAAGAAAUAUGAUUGCUAAAUGGGACGUGGCUCAAGCGAGGCAUAGACAAGUGGCCAAAAUUUAUUUUGGACGGCAACAGGACGAUUUGAAUGUACAGUGGGAAAAACUUAAUUCAGAAAGGGCAAAAUUUCAACAAGAAAAAAGCGAUGAAUGGGCAAAGAUUGCAGCUGUUCGUAGCAGACUUCAACGAAAUAAAGAUAUUGCAAUGGCUAAAAAGGAUUCUGAUACAAUAAAACAUUUGGAAUUACAGCUUGAAAAGUUAAGAACAAAAGAUCUUCUUUCCUCUCAAAAACUUAGCGAAUUACGUAUAAAAAUUAAAGAAUUGGAAGGAGAAGUUAAUGUCCGUGAAAAAUCGUUUAAAGAAAAUAUUGUAAAAAUUAACAAUUAUCGAGACCAAUUGGCUAGGACACAGCAAGAAAAUUCCAAUCUUCGAACAAAAUUAACUUUAAUGAAAGCAGAAAAAGAAAAACAACAAUCAGAGGCUGCAUCUCAACAGACUCUGCAACGUGCUAACCAGGCUGGGCCUAGAAACACACUUAUGAAUGUUUUUCGUGCAAAUCAACUUUCAAGUCGGAUGGAUACGAGCUUACAUAAUUCUUCGUCUUUCUGUUCAUCUUCAUCAGCCUUUCGUCGAAAUAAUUCUUUUUCAUUCUCAAAUAACCAACACCAACAACAGUCUAAUAUUUUGCGAAAUAAUCAAUCUUUCACGAAUGGUGGACAAAAUAUUCAGUCUGCUCCACGUGUCCACUUUGCUGAUGAUCCUAUUAACUUAUUUCCUGCUUCGUCUAAUCGCUCAAUGUCUUCUACUACUAGCGAAGAAAUUUCUUUAAAUAAACGUUUUGAAUUGCCUUCUGAAAUGAUUUAUACAGCGUAUCAAAUGACAGAACGUGGAAAAGAACAUACAUUUAGUGAUGGAAAUAGUCAAAUUAUUGUUGUUGAACUUUCAGGAUGUGAUCAGCUUUUAUAUUGUAGAUAUUGUCUUUUAUAUGAAUAUUCGACAAAAUUAACUGGGGAAAAUGAAAGGAAUUCUGAGAAUUCAAUUGAUUUUCGUUGGAUAAGCGUUUCAACGUUGCCAAUAUUUAAUUCUAAUGAAAACAAACACAAAAUUGAAAUCAAUUUCCUUCAAAAAAACAAUUUCUAUCAAAUAAUAACGCCAAUAGGAAAUGUUAUUAAAUUCUUUCUUUCUGGCCAAUUAGAAGUUUACUGGAAAUGUGGCGAUAAAACAAUAGUACGCCCAGAUGGUGAAAGACAUGAAUUUUUUAAUCCAGAAAAACCUGAUUAUUAUAUGGAAAUUUAUCUUCCAAAUGGAACCGCUUUUCGAUUGAAAGCUUCAACUCAAUGGGAAAGAGAAGAGUUUGUUCCCAAUACGUCUGCAAUGUCUCUUCGUUCAGAUGGGUCUCAUUCUAUCUUAUACAAUCAGCAACCUCAGGAAAUGUCAAGUUUACAAAUAGACGCUCCAGAUUUUAAGCUCCGUCGGUUUGAUUUAACAAAAGCAGUUAAGAUGGUAAUACCAGAAGUGUCAUCUUUUAAUGGUGCUAGUUUACAUGUUUGGUUUUGCGUUGACAAAGUCGUUAUGGUUAAACACUAUCGAAGUUGUAAUUUGAAUAAUUCCGAAAAUGGUAUCCGUGAACGAAAGAAAUAUGAUCAAUAUGUUUGUUUAUUUCGUGGCAAAUGUGAGCAUAUUAGAGCACCACCAACAAAUGGUUGA